GUAAAUGAAUGUAAUUGGCUAAGCAUAAAUCGCCCUUUUAGUCUGAAGUUUAAAAUAAAAGAGUAGCUGGAUUCCUUUUUUUAGCUCUUCUUUACUACUUUUAGCCAUGACUGAAGGUAUUCUCAACUUUGAUUUAGAUCCGGAACAUGAGUUUCAACUAUCAAAAAAGUUCAAGGCGUUCCAAAUACAAUACCUUGCAGUUUACUUGACAGUUAUGGGUGCUGACUGGAUUCAAGGUCCAUACCUGUAUAAACUUUACAACUCUUACGAAUUAGACUUGACACAAAUAGCCAUGUUGUUUUUAACUGGGUUUGUCAGUAGUGCUUUUGCAGGAACAGCAGUAGGGAGCUUAGCUGAUUCAUGGGGACGUAAACGAGUGUGUAUAGUAUUUUGCUUUACUAUGAUGUCAGCCAUCACACUGAGACUUGUCAAUAGCUACCCGCUCUUAUUUUUAUCCCACAUCUUAUCAGGACUCUCUACAGCUUUACUUUAUUCUGUAUUUGAAUCUUGGUAUGUAUCAGAACACACCAGUCGAGGAUUUCCUGCUGAAUGGCGUUCACGCACGUUCGCAUUAGCUACAUUAUUGAAUAGUGUAGUGGCAAUUUUAGCAGGUUUAUUAGCUAAUUUAUUGGUGGAUAUUUGGGGAUUUCGAGCUCCUUAUAUUGCAUCUAUGGUUUUAGUUGGCCUAGUGGGUUUAAUGGUGACCACCACUUGGUCAGAAAAUUACGGUAGUAAUCAAUUUAAGGAUAUUGAUUUGAUGCGAACAUUACGCAGUGGAUUAACCACCAUGAUCAAGAGUAAAAAUAUUAUGAUUAUCGGCAUUGCACAGACUUUUUUCGAGUGCUCCAUGUAUAUUUUUGUGUUACUGUACAUUCCUGCUAUUGAAAAUGCUACAAAAGGCGACGAUUUGCCUCUUGGAUAUUUGUUCUCAACCAUGAUGGUUGCCGUGAUGGUUGGAUCCAUGACAUUUCAAUUGUUUGAACAGCAAGCAAAGACAGGACCACGAUUCUUUCUUCAGUUUACCGAAGAUAGAUUAUUAACGAUGGCACUUGGUUUAGCAUCUUGCGCAUUCAUGUUAAUGGCUUAUCAUGGAAAUACAUCGACAACCACUUUAUUAAUGGCCUAUCAUAUGUUUGAAUUUACAACUGGUUUGUAUUAUCCUUCCAUCUCCUCAUUAAAAGCUGAAGCUAUUCCCGAAGAGACAAGAGCAGCUGUCAUGACCUUGUUAAGAAUCCCAAUGAACUUAAGUGUCGGUCUCAUCAUGUGGCAUGUGGAUGACAUGUCUACUGCAAUGAUGUUUUCUAUCUGCGGCAUCAUGACUUCCGUGGGUUGUUUCCUGGUGAUAGCGUUCUAUAGACAUUAAAAUUAUUCCUCCCUUAUAUUGUACACUAAAAAAGCGGUCUUUUUUAUUAUUAUUAU